GAGUUACACUAUUAUUUACUUACUUAUUUAUCGAAUAAUUUAAUUCAACGUUAGUUUCCCUAGUGCCAUUGUUUUCAAGAAUUUUGGAAGCACCUGCGAUCACCGUAAAUUUCGACCACCGUAACGGUCAACGUGUCCCAAUCCUCUAACGUACAACCGGGAGGAUCCAGGUCAAUUUUACGUAACGCAAGGAUCAGAGACGGCUCGGGAAACGAGUUUCGAACGGGGAUCCAAGGACCGAAAAGAUUCCCGUUGCUCCGGGAUAUUCGAUCUCAACGUUCCCGGUAAAUCCAAUGGAUUCCCCGAAAAUCAUCGAGUUUGCGACAGAAGCGAUUCGAUUUCCGGACGAGAAGCGUUAACCUGUUGAGUGGGAAGAUCUUCAAAUACCGAUUCUUGCGAGAUCAUUCAACACCGGGAACAAGUUGAGUUCACUGGAUUUUGUGAAUAUUCAAAUACCGAUCCUUGCAAGAUCAUUGAACACCGGCAACGAGUUGGGUUCACUGGAUUUUGUGAAUAUUCAAGUAUUGAUCCCUGAAAGAUCAUUGAACACCGGCAACGAGUUGAAUUCACUGGAUUUUGUGAAUUUUCAAAUACCGAUCCCUGCAAGAUCAUCGAACACCGCAACGAGUUGAGUUAGUUCCCCGGAUUCCCAUGGAAUUAUCGGCAACGUUUUUCCAUCCUGCGUGCGACCAGAAGAAGAACCAUCGGCCAGCGCGAAGGAGCAAGAGAGGCGGCAAUUAUAGUUUCUUGUCAGGCGAAUGUUGGCAGCGCUCGUAACGAAGAGCCGCCAAACCGGUCGAGUGGACCCGUCGCGUAGACCCGUCGCGAGGCUUCGUAACGCUUGGCCCGCGUAUUGCCUUGAGUAAACAAAAGAUGGUCCGGAACGACUACAUUCGGACCCGUAGAAUGUGAGUCUCUACGGCGACGCUGCGAACAGCCGAGAAGACAAUCGACCCGUACGUCGGUUCUCCCUUACCUGUUGCUUCACAGCAAGUACUUCCGGUGGAGAACCAAGAUAUGUCACUCAGGGUGUUCGUCGAUGUGAUAUAAUUGUUGAAACUGGUCCGGGCAGUUGACCAAGCGGAUUCGGAUGGACACGAAAAUUAAAAUGGAACGAGGCCGAGGCGAUACCGAUCCCCGGACGGGUCAGCUCGAGAAAAGCUCGACGAACUUCAUCGAGCUGAACGUCGACAUGAACGUGACCGUGUCGAACGUGACGAAAUCAAAGAUGUUCCAAAGAUCGCGCACCGUCGUUCUUUUCCUGCUGGUAAUCGCGUUCGCUGUCGUGCUGUCCCACCUGAGGAAAGAAGUGCGCGCCUUGCAAGUGCAGAUGCAGUCCAUGAACGUGAACCUGCUGGUACUGAUGUCCAAGUACGACAGAUUGAACAGAAGUUUGAACCGAGCGUGGACCCACCGGUCCGACAGAUUCCUCGAGUAUGGAAGCAUACACGACGUUAAACGGCUCCUCGACAGCGCCUCGACGAUCUCCAGAGCCAUCGAAAUAUUCGAUGGUAUCCAUAACGGAGCCAACAGUACCUCUUACGGUUACGACGGGCUAAUCCGAUACUCGAAUUUCGCGAAAAGCUCGGAGAACGAACACCCGUUACACGAGAAUGGUACGAGCAACGAGAGUGAAACAAUGAAUCGAAAUUCGUUAAUGAACCUGGAGAAUGACGAGAUAAAUUCACGCAUUGAAAGAGCGGCGCUAACGGUAAACAAAGGGAACUUGUCGAAAAGGCAAAUAGAUUUGAGUGGCGUCGCCACGACCGGUUGCAACAACAGUACUGACGAUGACUAUGACAAUGACGAUUUCGUUGUAAGGAGAGAGCCUCGUUCCGGAAGGUCUCGGCGAGACGAGGGAAGAGGUAAAAAACGGGGAAAGAACAAAAGGCGGCCCAAGCGCAGUCGCAGGCGAUUGGGACCAUUGGUGGCAACAUUUGUUGGUGCAAUCCCUGAGCAGCACGUUACGGAUACAGUUUAUAUCGGUCCCUGGGUGAAAAGUAGCAAGAACAAUACUUUGUAUAGUUUGAACAAAUUCCAUUUAGUUGAGGACAAGAAGUCUAUAGAAGUUACUGCCACUGGUCUGUACAUGAUCUCUGCUCAGAUAUUUUAUUUCGGUGAACCAACAAAUUAUUCGUAUUGGAUACUACUGAGUUCAGAGGGUGAAUCCACAACGAAGAAGCUGGUAAAGUGUUCUACAGCAUCUUCCACGUCAGCCACAGAAGUUUCGUGUUAUACAAGUGUCAUUACACCCUUACAGAGGGGUGAUAGGGUUCACAUACAACAACAAGAGAAAAACAGAUUAAUAAAUAUGCGAGAGGGACACAGUUAUAUACAACUUGUACUUUUGUCCGAUAACAUUCGCAGACAACGUCUGCGGUAGAGCGACACAUAGUACAAAUUUAUGAAAGACAUUGUGCCAUGAACAAUCGCAGAGGGAUGGUUCCUAAUUGCGAUCCCGUACCCCACUUGGAAAUGUUAGAUGCAUUUAUUUUUAGUUAUAAGCUUAACGAUAAAGUGAUUCAAAGAACCAUCAUUCGCAUGUAGGCGUACAAUUAUUUUUUUCAACUUUUUUUUUAGACUAAGUAUACAUUCUAUGUACAGUUUCGUUGAGAUUGCAUAACAGAUGAGGAGUGUACAAAGGAACAAUGUUGGAUUGUAAAUAAUUUAGACGGGUAUUUAACAUUGUAUCAAUGAAACCACGAUUCCGCGAGGAACCAAUGGAAUUUGCAAUAACAUUAGACCUUUGUACGUUUAGUAUUUUAAUUUUAAACUAAACUUGAAUAUGUGAUGAUUAGUUUUAAGGAGAGUCAGUAAGAUUAAUGCAAGUUAUUGCGUUUUUAUACCUUUUACUUUGUACAUUGUUUGCAUUGUUUACAACAUUUAUUACGUCUAGUGUUAAAACGAAGAUAAAAUAUAAAUAAGAAAAAAAAACAAAGAAACUUCACGGACUUUAUGAAUUCGAACGUCUGAAAACCUGUACGCUUAUCUGUAUAAGUUCUACUAUUCGUUUUAAAAGAAAAGUACGUUCUCUUAUAGAUUGUACCGCGGUCGAUACUGAACUGGUUUUCUAAAAUUAGUCUUUUUAAAUACGAAGUACAACUAGAGUACCUUUUGACAACAUUUUCCUUGGAAAUGCAAAGGACACUUGACUCCUCUUGAAAAGCAACGUCGAUGCCAGUCAUGUGGCAGAUGCUGCUCAGCUCAAACUUAGGUAGUGCCACCGUGCAUGACAGUACAGAUGUUAUCAACCUAGAGAAAUGAAUAACAGAGAGUUAGAGAAAAAAAAAGAGUAACAAAUAACAGGAGCAACAAGAUCUUACGGAUACUUUAUACCUAUUGUCUAAUAUGUUCGCUUAUAAACAAUACUUGAAUCACACGUUAUAUACUUUUGUUCG